CCUCUCUCUCUCCCUCUCUAAAACACACACUCUCACAUUUUCUCUCUCCAAAUUACACAGAGAGACAUCAAUAACCAUACGAAAUAAAGUGCACCGAAACCACGAAAGAGGAGGAAAAAAAAAAAGAAAGCAAAAGCUACUACUCCUAAGUAGUUGAAUCAGCAGUGACAAUCAGCCAACAAUGUGCCUCUACUUUUGCAGACUUUGCAUAAAUCUCUACAGAGAGAGAGAGAGAAGGUGACAAAAGAAUAGAAGUAGUCUACACAGCAAUUCACCAUUCAAUUCAAUAUUCCUGAAGCUCUUAAAGAGCUAGAGGGAGGGAGAAAGAGAGAGGAAGAAGCUCUAGCUUAGCUGAACAAUUUGAUCAAGCUCUGGAAGAGAAAACCCUAGAUCCAGAUUCGUCCGUACUGGUUCGUAUAUCACUGGUUGUUUUACUGGAAUAAUUCCAUGUAGUGCUCCACUGUAUUAAGGAAUGGAAAGUGUUCCUGAAUUAAAAAUGCAUCCCAGCAAGUUAUCUCUGGUGGGUAAGGUGUCGAUUGCAGACAGGACUUUUCCAAGAGGAGAUACAGGUAGAUCGGAUGCACGGGAGGAUUUGGACUCAUCUGCAAUAGUAAGAACAUGGAUGGGAGCACCAGUUAGAACAGGGAAGGGAAAAGACUCUAUCCUGGAACAUGAGGAAUUUAUGCCUCAGGUUGUUCCUUGUAAAGGCAGUGGUGAUUCAUUUGAAGAUAUUGGCUCAAUUUCAUUCUCUGGGGCUAGUCAUCCCCUGGAACCGGUUGAUGAAGAUCUGAUGAGACCAGUGUAUGUACCUAUUGGUCAGGACAAAGCUGACAGUAAAUGCUUAGCGAAGGGAAUGUCUAUGAAGGGUCCGUUUAUAGAAGAUCUUUCUAUUCAGCUUCCUGGUUUCAAACCAAGCCCAUCUACUCUUUCCCCAUCAGAAAGUUUGGUUGAAGUGCCAAAUGACAUAGCAGCAACUUCUCCCCUGUUUUUGGUUCCCCGCCCAUCACAAAAUACAGAAAACAGUCUCCUCCCCCCAGAUUCUGAGGAGAAGGAAUGCAUUUGGGAUGCUUCUUUGCCUCCAAGUGGCAAUGUAAGUCCACACAGCAGCAUCGAUAGCACUGGGGUUGUCACUGCUAUGAGCAUUGCCAAUAGUUGCACCACAAGUACAUGUCGAAGCGAUGGGGUUAUGAGUGAUGGUAUGCUUAGCAUGGACAGGAAUUAUGAAAGUACAAAAGGGAGCCGUCGAGGGGAUUCCGUUGAGAGUGCAAAAACUAGCAUUAGCAGACUAAGUGAUAGCAGUGGCCUUAGUGAUGAUAGUAAUUGGAGUAACCUUACAGGGAGUGCUAAUAAGCCUCACAAAGGAAAUGAUCCUAGGUGGAAGGCUAUUCUUGCCAUCCGAGCACGGGAUGGCAUUUUGGGCAUGAGUCAUUUCAAGUUACUCAGACUGCUAGGUUCUGGUGAUAUUGGUAGUGUGUAUCUCUCAGAGCUGAGUGGGACCCGAUGUUAUUUUGCAAUGAAAGUGAUGGACAAAGCAUCCCUUGCAAUCCGGAAGAAAUUGACCCGGGCUCAGAGAGAGAGAGAGAUCUUGCAGUUGCUGGACCAUCCAUUCUUGCCGACCUUGUACACUCAUUUUGAAACAGACAGAUUUUCAUGUCUGGUGAUGGAAUAUUGUCCAGGAGGUGAUCUGCACACCCUGAGGCAACGGCAGCCUGGGAAACAUUUUUCAGAGUAUGCAGCACGGUUUUAUGCUGCUGAGGUUCUGUUAGCACUUGAGUAUCUCCAUAUGCUGGGAGUUGUGUACAGGGACUUGAAACCUGAAAAUGUUCUGGUACGUGAUGACGGCCACAUAAUGCUAUCAGAUUUUGACCUGUCACUUAGAUGUGCAGUGUCACCCACCCUCAUAAAAACCUCCUCAUUUGAUAUUGAUCCUUCCAAGAGAGGAACUGGUGGUGCAUUCUGUGUCCAGCCUGCCUGUGUUGAGCCUUCAGCAGUAUGCAUCCAACCAGCGUGUUUCCUUCCUCGAAUCUUCCCUCGAAAGAGCAAAAAAAAUGAUCAAAAACACCGAGCUGAGCCUGGGUUGCUAGCCAGCACACUCCCUGAGCUUGUUGCAGAGCCUACUGCAGCUCGGUCCAUGUCCUUUGUUGGAACCCAUGAAUACUUGGCCCCCGAAAUUAUAAAGGGGGAAGGCCAUGGCAGUGCAGUUGAUUGGUGGACAUUUGGCAUUUUCUUGUAUGAAUUACUGUAUGGUAAAACCCCUUUCAAGGGGUCUGGAAAUCGUGCUACACUGUUCAACGUGGUAGGGCAGCAACUCAGAUUCCCAGACUCGCCCGCAACCAGUUAUGCUAGCCGGGAUCUGAUCCGUGGCUUGCUUGUAAAGGAACCACAACACCGGCUUGGGGUCAAGAGGGGAGCAACUGAAAUCAAGCAGCACCCAUUUUUUGAAGGUGUAAAUUGGGCUCUUAUACGGUGCAGCACACCACCAGAAGUUCCAAGACCGGUAGAACCUGAGCUUCCUGGAAAGUUUGGAGCAGUUGACGUUGUUGGAAUUUGCAGCAACAGUAAAAGGGUGGUUGGGACAGACAUGAAGUCCGGAGGUAACUUUCUGGACUUCGAGUUCUUUUAGUUUAGAAUUAUAGGAUACUUGGCCUAUGUUGUAUUAGUGUCAUUAGUUAAUUCCAUGGGAGUUUUCCUGCAUUAUCCUGUUUCUUGUUGAAUAUCAAACAAACUACCUCAUAAAAGAAAAAUCUCAGUGCACUGAAAAACUAUCACCUUUAAAUUCUUAGUUUCCAGAUGGGUGGGUUGUCCCUAUGGCUUCAAAAUUAGGAUCAACUUGGAUAAAUAUAUAGCCAAUGUUUUCUACUAGAGAACUUCUGUAUAACUGUAACAUUGUAUAUGGUUGGUAUCUGUGUUAACACAGCAUAUAAUUUGAUGAUGCAAUCAUG